UGUGAGACAGACAAUAAAUAGGCAGAGAAGGCUGUUACUGUGUGGUUUUGGAUGAGCGCCGAAACGGUUUGUAGACUUCGCACAUACACAACAGGAUGUAGCAGCGGCGAAAUAAAUAAGAAAGGAGAAGAAAAGCGCGUGCGAAGAACGGAGGUGUAGAUUGUGAGAGUGGACAGAAGCAGAAGCCGACUGUAGCAGGAUUACCCACGGCAGGUUAUGAUGACAGCACCGCGGCCCGAGCUUCUAACCUGAAGUACCGCUCCAUGCGCUUUUGUUUGCCGCAAUACUGGAUUUUUACGCACUAAACGGACUCUGACUGGCACAGGUUCAGAUACUUUUGUAACAGAGGGGAGCACUGAAAGAAAGAGGACAGGAUGGCGAGCCAGAACGACUGCUGUGUGAAGGUCUCUUUGAGGAUCCGUCCCCAGAUGGCGAAGGAGAAGAUUGAGGGCUGUCACGUGUGUACGCUGGUCACGCCCGGGGAGCCCCAGAUGUUGCUGGGUAAAGACAAGGCCUUCACGUACGACUUUGUGUUCGACAUCGACUCAGCCCAGCAGCAGAUCUAUGCUGCCUGCGUCCACAAACUCAUCGAGGGCUGUUUCGACGGAUACAACGCUACGGUGUUUGCCUAUGGACAGACAGGCUCAGGGAAGACCCAUACCAUGGGGACAGGGUUUGACAUGAACGUGCAGGAGAAGGACCAGGGUAUCAUCCCGCGGGCUGUUCGUCAGCUGUUCCUGGGCAUCCAGGAGAGGAAGACACAGGCCCAGCAGCAGGGCACACACCCUCCAGAGUUUAAAGUCAGUGCACAGUUCCUAGAGCUGUACAAUGAGGAGAUCCUAGAUCUGUUUGACGGAGCCAGAGACCCAGACUGUAAGAGCAGGAAGUCUAAUAUCAAGAUCCAUGAGGAUGGCAGCGGCUCCAUCUACACCACCGGAGUCACCUCACGACUUGUCAACUCAGAGGAAGAGCUGUUACAGUGUCUGAAGCUGGGAGCGUUGUCUCGUACCACGGCCAGUACCCAGAUGAACGCAUCUAGUUCCAGAUCUCACGCCAUCUUCACCAUCAACCUCUGUCAGAUGAGAGUCUGUCAACAAACUGAGGAGAAUGGUGAGGUGAACGGAGGUGUAAAUGGAGGUGUGAUUGGGGAGGUGAACGUAGGUGAAAAUGGAGAUGUGAUUGGGGAGGUGAACGGAGAGGUGAAUGGUGUUGGCAGAGAUGGAGGGUCUAUUACCAAGCCUGAGUAUGAGACUCUGAUGGCCAAGUUUCACUUUGUGGACCUAGCUGGAUCAGAGAGACUCAAACGCACCGGAGCAACGGGAGAACGGGCACGGGAGGGCAUAUCCAUCAACUGUGGACUGCUGGCUUUGGGGAAUGUGAUCAGUGCUCUGGGGGACCAGGCUAAGAAAGGAGGACAUGUUCCCUACAGAGACUCUAAACUAACGCGCCUACUACAGGACUCACUGGGAGGAAACAGUCGUACGUUGAUGAUCGCGUGUGUGAGUCCGUCGGACCGGGACUUCAUGGAGACCCUGAACACACUGAAGUACGCCAACAGAGCCAGGAACAUCAAGAACAAGGUGGUGGUGAACCAAGACAAGACCAGCCAACAGAUGUCUGCCCUUAGGGCUGAGAUUGCCAGGCUACAAAUGGAACUUAUGGAGUAUAAAGCGGGUAAGCGUGUGGCAGGUGAGGACGGCUCGGAGGGCUUCAGUGAUCUGUUCCAGGAGAACUCGAUGUUACAGAGAGAGAACGACACGCUACGCAUGCGAGUCAAAGCCAUGCAGGAGACCAUUGACCACCUCAACACACGGGUAACCACGCUCCUCGCCAACGAGGUCAGCACGCUGCUGGCCAAGUCGGGUGAGGGCAAUGAGGAGAUUGGUGCUCUGAUACAGAACUAUAUCAGAGAGAUUGAGGAGCUCAGAUCAAAGCUCCUGGAGAGCGAGUCGAUGAACGAGUGUCUUCGUCGCAGUGUAACCCGUCUCUCCUCCCGCUCCCCGUUCACCAGCUCCUCCUCUCAUAGCUCCACCCCAGGGCCACACCCCUUAGGCUCUUCCCCUUCCCUUUCCAUGGAGGCGGAGAUGACGGACGUGAUUCGUCGAGCCAAGACGGACAUCGAGAGGCUGAAGAAGAAGGAGAGGAGACAGAGGAGGAUGAGCCCAGAGAAAGAGAAGGGGUUGAAGAAACGAGCGAAGCUUCAUUCUCAUGAGAACGGACAUAAUGGAGAAAACGGCCAGAUGGACUCGGAUGACAACUACACAGAGGACGUGAUGUCACCUCUGCAGGAGGAGGAGAGUGGGUGUGACGAGGAAGAGGAGGAGGAGGAGGGGAGGGACGAAGAGGAGUUUGACAGUGAUGAGAGUCUGGUGGACUCUGACUCGGACUCUGAUGAGAAAGCUAAUUUCCAGGUGGAUCUGGCAGACCUGACGAGUGAGAUUGAGAUCAAGCAGAAGUUGAUCGAUGAGCUGGAGAACAGUCAGAAGAGACUGCUGCAGCUCAAGCUACAGUAUGAAGAGAAACUCAUCCUGCUGCAGAACAAGAUCAGAGACACACAGCUUGAGAGAGAUAGAGUACUGCACAACCUCUUGUCUAUGGAGAACUACACGGAGGAGAAGGCUAGCAGGAUUAAAUCCGAGUAUGAGAAGAGGCUGAAGGAGAUGAACAGAGACCUGCUGAAACUGCAGGCAGCACAGAAGGAACACACGAGGCUACUGAAGAACCAGGGACGCUAUGAACAGGAACUGAAGAAACUGCAGCAGGAGGUCAACGAGAUGAAGAAAGCCAAGGUGGCACUGAUGAAGCAGAUGAAGGAGGAGCAGCUGAGGAGGAGGAUGAUGGAGGCCAAGAGGAACAGAGAGAUCGCUCAGCUCAAGAAGGAGCAGCGACGACAGGAAUACCAGAUUCGUUCGUUGGAGAGUCAGAAGCGUCAGCAGGAGCUGGUACUGAGGAGAAAGAGCCAGGAGGUGACAGCCUUACGACGUUUGGCUAAACCCAUGUCUGGACGUAUGGCUAGACGACUACAGCCCCUAGACUCCGGAGCAGAACUGUCUGCCAGCACCACCUCCUCUGAACCAGAGUCCAACCGGACCUCAACCAAAGUGUCUAACAUAGUGAGACAGUGGAACACCAAGAUGAAUGGCUACCUGGGAGAGAGCGAGGGGAUUACUACCAACGGGACACAGGUUGUUGGCAGUAGGACGCGUGUCCAGCAGCGCAAGGGUGUUCUCGUGGGCAGCAGUAGUUUCUCCAAGGCGGCCCGUCAGAAGUGGCAGACUCUAGAGAGGAGGAUCCUGGACAUCGUCAUGCAGAGGAUGACCAUCACCAACGUCGAGGCCGACAUGGACCGACUCAUCAAGAAACGAGAGGAGCUGUCUGUGCAGCAGGAGGCACUCUUGCGUAAAAGGCAGGUGCUUAUGGCUGAGGGGGAGGGGCCUGACGGGGAGGACCGCCUAGUCCAGGAAAUGAACGAGGACAUUGAGGUUCUGAAUGCAAACAUCGACUACAUCAACGACAGCCUAUCAGACUGCCAGGCAACCAUCGUUCAGAUAGAGGAGACCAAGGAUGAGCUGGACUCGGUGGACACCUCAGUGGUCAUCAGCUCCUGCUCUCUGGCUGAGGCUCGACACCUCCUGGACCACUUCCUCAAGGCCUCCAUUGACAAGGGUUUACAGGUGGCUCAAAAGGAGUCUCAGAUCCGUCUGUUGGAGGGCCAGCUGAGACAGACAGAUAUGAUUGGCUCUGCCCAUAACCACAUCAUCCUGGACGCGCUGAGAGAAAAGGCUGAGUGUAUCCCCGAGCUGCAGGCACUCAUACACAACGUACAGCAGGAGAAUGGUUAUGUUAGCACCGACGAGGAGCCUUUAGAGUUUAGCCAGGCCUCUGACGGCAGUGUGUCUCGGAUGAAGUCCUCAGCUAGUCAGGAUGACUGCAAGCUGAAGGUUCAGAGUGAGCCCCGUCUGUCAGCCCAGAUGAAAGCGGUAUCGGCAGAGUACCUGGGUCCCGUGUUAGACCCGUCCACUAAGAACAUCACCAAGUCCCUGGCCUCCCUAACAGACAUCCAGGAGAACGGCGGCUCAGGUGGCCUGAGCCUCACUCUCCCCAUCUUUAGAGACAGAGUGUCCAGGACCAUCAGCCUGCCUGUCCGGGGACACACCUUUCCUCGACAGUCUCGGGGGGGUGACACCUCCCCUUUAACAAGGAGGAAGUCUUAUGACCGAGGCCAGUCUUACAGAAAUGCUGAUGGGCAUACUCCCCCAUCCUCCCCCCCUCUCAGAACCAGAAACGACCGCAAUGUCUUUUCAAGGCUCACCAGCAACCAGAGCCAAGGCUCCGCACUGGACAAGUCGGAUGACAGCGACUCCUCUCUCUCGGAGGUGCUCAGGGGUGUGAUCACUCCCACGGGGGGAGUGAAGGGGGGACGGACGGCGCCCCUCCAGUGUUCAGCCAUAGCAGAGGGACACUCUAAACCUGUCCUCUGUGUGGACGCUACAGAUGAACUGCUCUUCACUGGAUCCAAAGACCGGACGUGUAAGAUGUGGAACCUGGUGACGGGACAGGAAAUCGUCACGCUGAAAGGGCACCCCAAUAACGUGGUCUCAGUCAAAUACUGUUCCUCCUCCUGCCUCGUCUUCUCUGUCUCCACCUCCUACAUCAAGGUCUGGGACAUACGAGACUCUGCCAAGUGUGUCCGCACCCUCACGUCUUCAGGCCAGGUGAUAUCAGGGGAUGCGUGUGUGGGCACCACCACCCGUACCAUCACGGUGGCACAGGGUGAAUACCAGAUCAACCAGAUAGCUCUCAAUCCCUCUGGCUCUGUUCUCUAUGCUGCUGCUGGUAACACCGUACGCACCUGGGACCUCAACAGGAUGAUGGCAUUAGGGAAGCUGACAGGUCAUAUAGGCUCAGUGAUGUGUCUCACUGUAGGUCAGUCUCUACUGGGCAAAGACCAGGUUAUCACUGGCUCCAAGGACCACUAUGUCAAGGUGUUUGACGUGGCAGAGGGCAUGCUGGGUAAUUUAGGCCCCGCCCACAACUUUGAGCCUCCGCACUAUGACGGCAUCGAGUGUCUGGCCAUCCAGGGAGACGUUCUGUUCAGCGCAUCACGAGACAACGGCAUCAAGAAGUGGGACCUGGAGAACCAAGAACUCACCCAGCAAAUCCCCAACGCCCAUAAGGACUGGGUGUGUGCGCUGGCAUACGUUCCAGGGCGACCCAUGUUGCUGAGUGCCUGUCGGGGAGGCAUGCUGAAGGUGUGGAACGUUGAUAACUUCACCCCCAUAGGAGAGGUCAAGGGUCAUGAGAGCCCCAUCAAUGCCAUCUGCACCAACUCACGGCACAUCUUCACCGCUUCCAGUGAUAUGACAGUGAAGAUCUGGUCAGCAAAGGUGGGGAAGAAGAGGUGACGUUCGGUCGGAGCGUUAUUGUGACAUCAUUAUCUGCGGCCAUCUUUACUGAGGGCCUUCACCCCUGACCUCUGACCCUCUCACCUCAACCACCUCAACCAAUCAGGUGUGAUGCGGCAGGACUUCACGGUUACCAACCAUGACCGGGACGACCGGUGUGGAUGACGCGUCGUCGCAAAGUUCAGUCUCCUCCGGAAAGAUCCUGAUGAGGAGUGUGUCUUCAACUGAAAGGCAAAACGGGAAGCUUGAGAGUUUUUGCCUUUUCUUGUUUCUACUGCCAAUCCAACUGGAAGUGCAAUUGAGGUGUGAUGGGAUUUGGACAAGACAAAACCUUUAUUGUGCCAGAUAAUGGCUGUGUGAGGACAGAAAUCAGAAUGCCCAUGGGACAUUCAUAGACACAGCUACUGACUGAUUCAUCUACUCUCCUAUUUAUUAGUCAUUCAAUGAAAACAAGGUCUCCCAGAGGUGAACUGACCCUUGGAGAACACCAUUUCUGAGCCAACUAAAGACUAUGUUUCUAUCUUCAGGGCUGUCUGUGUUUGAUUGUCUACUGGCUGAGAUGAACCAACUGGAAUUCAUGUAUAGCAAAGGGGGCUGAGAGAGCGAGUUGUUCAGUAUACAUGCAGUAUGUAUGUUGAAACCACUCGACAGUUUGUUGAGAGUUCACUUCAGCCCUUUGUGAUUCCCUGUCUCUUCAUCUCCAUGGAUGGGUUUUCUGUGGCCUCUACCUUGGCUGCAGGCUGCUGAGUCUGCACUGAGAGAGCCUAGCAAUAAUAACAUCACUACUAACACCAGUCCUGGAGGAACACACACACACGCACACACACACUGCUGUCUUAUCAGGGUGGAAGUGCAGGAAUAAUAGUAUUAUUCACACUCGCACAGACACACCAUCCCCACCGGACAGCGGUAUCUCCACAGGUGCCAAAGUUCAAGAUCGUUAUCUCUCCUGUCUCUAUGCGGCCGGAGACUGGCCCGAGUCCCACAUGGCACCCUACUUCCUAUGAAGUGCACUACUUUUGACCAGGGAUUAGGGUGCCAGUUGGGACUCGCCCUCUCUCUCUCUCUCUCUCUCUCUCUCUCUCUCUCUCUCUCUCUCUCUCUCUCUCUCUCUCUCUCUCUCUCUCUCCUCUCUCUCUCUCACUGAGGCUCUCAAGUGCUUCAAUAAGCGCCCCCUGGAAGCCACCAUCUCAACCGCUCCUCUCCUCUCACUCUGUGAGUCUGGUAUGCUGUGCGACUCCAUUCGGAGCUUAUUAGCUGUUGUAACUUCUGCAAAACUGGGUUUGAAUCACAGGAGGUUGGUGGCACUGUGAUUGUGGGGGACGGGCUUGUGGUAAUGGCUGGAGCGGAAUAAGUGGAAUUGGUAUCAAACACAUCAAGCACAUGGUUUGUUUGAUGCCAUUCCAUUCGUACCGAUCCAGCCGUCAUGAGCCGUUCUCCCCUCAGCAGCCUCCACUGGUUUGAGUACUAUUUGAAAUCUUUCAAAUAUUUGUCAGCAUUUCUUCUAGCCUGCCUGGAUUUGCCAGACGUGGCCCAUGAUGCCAGGCAAGCUCAAUCAAGCACAGAUAAAGUAUUUGGAAUUUCAAAUAGUAUUUGAGCCCAGGUCUGAACUGAUGAUAAUUGUAACUGCAGACACCGAUAUAGCUCUAGUUCUGCACCACAGAGAGUGGUGGGAGGGAUGGUGAUGCUAGCCAGGCUAAUUGGCUGCUGUGUUAGCAGGUGGUGAUGAGUUAUGCUGCAUGAUGGGCAAAAGUCUGAUUAAGUAGGUCAGGACAGGGGAAGAGUGCUUGCGUCCCUAUUGGCACCCUAUUCCCUGCAUAGUGCACUACAUUUGACAAGAGUCCAAUGGGCCCUCGUCAAAAGUAGUGCACUAUAUAAGGAAUAGGGUGCCAUUUGGGACGCACACUUUACCAGAUCUUUAUUUAUUCCGUUCAGUAGUUUUAAAGAAGGAACCCUUCCCUGCUGUGUGUGUGCCUUUGGGGUAGUGUGGGGGCGACGCCUGGCUUCACACACACACACACACACACACACACACACACACACACACACACACACACACACACACACAUGCUUUUAGGUUAUCCAUCUUGCCUGGCAGGGCUUGGCUUCCUUCAGCUCUGAGAUUUACUGUCUGCUAAGUUAAACAUAUUUGUCUUCUAGCCCUCCCGCGCACACACACGCACACACACACUCAUGUGGCUAACCACUAUCUCCAGGCACCGUUGAUCAGAGAAUCUUCCCUCCUAACCCUUUUAGAAGGGGACAUUCUAAUCAUUUCCCACUGACAAUGUCACAACGUAGAACAUUCCGAAAAAAUUGUGAAAUUCUCACACUCCUCCCUGAGGAUCGGAAAUAUCUUUAGAUGCCUAGUGAGCGACUGAGCCACGUGUAACUCACAGCAUUUUUUCUCCUGUGAAUAUAUCUAGUUGUUAUUGAGUGCACUUUAUCUGGUAAAGACUUAGAAACGUGUGUACUGCACUGUGAUCAAAUGGAUGACAUUAGAGGAAGGGAUUGGUGGUCCAAUAGAGCAAAAGAAAAGAGUCCCAAAUGAAAUCUACUGCAAUGAGAAUCUCAAAUCAUGUCUUUUGUAGAGCUGUCUUUGAAGACUGAAUCAAUGGUGUCUCUCUUACGAGACAUGUGGAUGCUGCUAACAUGAUGUAAAUAGUUUGAUAAAUAGAAACAUAAGACAUAAGAUGACACAAUCACGUUAUUCUGAGCCUAGGUUUAGGUCUGAGUUGAAGGUAGAGGGAGUUUAUACUAUACACAGAUCCAGUUUUACAGUCUCUGUAUGUAGCCCAUAACGCCUUGUUUUUAAAGCCAUUUGAAUGUGUUUAAGGUACAAUCAAUGUUCCUUUGUCAUAGAGGAAUAUCUAUGGAAUAUCUAUGUAAUCUCCAUCGACUUUUAGGACUUCUUUAAUAACGUCAUAUCAUGCAUUUUUUGUUGUUGUUGUCGACUCCCUUUUUAAUAUUGUAUUUUCCAAAUCCUCUAUCAUGUCCCUUGGAGGACCAGGCUUAACAUGAAGGAUGUUGAACACCCACAGCUGUGCCAAUCACCUAUAGCUAGCUAACUAUGUGGUGCUCUACUCUGUUCACUGUUCCAGGAUCAGCCUUUCUACUCCUUCGCUCAGUGUGUUUCACAGUAGCUGUUCGAGGAAGCUCUGUGGUACCUUAAAGGCGCUUUAAAGGUGCCCCUGCUUGUGCAUUUGCUGUAGAACAGAGCUGCGUGUACAUAGCGGUUGUGAUGGUAGGAGAGGAGGAAGCCUCAGAACCAUGAGCAGAAUUAAUAUUCCAACCGAAUGUUCAGUCACACUGUAUUUGGAUAGUGCGGAUAGUCCGUCUGUGGUCAUACCAUCAACAAAUAAUCUGUUGACCGGCAACUGCUUGCUAAGGUUAGGUUUAGAAUAAGGGUAAGGGUUAAUUUUUGGGUUAGGUUAAGGGUUAUGGCUACUAGAUAGUUACUGAUCAUCUACAGAUGGCCUAUCCGAAAUAAAGUGUUACCGAAUGCUCUAAUUGAUGACGUCACACAGGUGCUGUUUUAAUUCCGGAACAGGACGCCGAUGAGAACAAUCAAAAUGCUCACCUCGUAGUCUCAACGGGUUAACCACACAGCCAAAUUAGAACCCCUCUCCUCUCCAGUUGGAAGAGCUGCUACUGACCGAGCAUGUCUGACAGCCAUGUCCACUCGCUAUAGAUUCCUAGGCUUCUUCUCUCGUCUCCAUCGGUACCUCUCUUGUUGGCUGGAUCACCUGUAUACAGGUGUAUUAUGCUGUCUAUCGGAGGGGAGAUUUGGGCACAGUUAUUGACUUCCUGGUUAUCCGGCGCCCCGACAAAAAGUCGACUGACUUUCCUACCCUGUGUGCAGAGAUGACCGUCUGUAUAUCUACCCGAGCUUAAACGUUCACCUAAUUAGAAAAUGAACCACUCAGCCUAUCAGCUCCACGUCUCUGCCGCUUGCCUCUGCUUUGGCUCUAAACACCAGUGAUUCUAUUUUUUUUUUAGCAGAAAUGGUCUGUGAAUAAAGUGACCUGACGCGGAAUGGCAACAAACAACAAAAGCGUCUAACGGUGCACUCUGGCUGCUCUACUAGUGGUCUGAAUCACUCGUACUGUAGAUGUGCUAAGAGCCACGUUGCUCACGAAGGCUCUGGGAAACACCUUGUCUACUAAUGAUACAAUGUAAGAAAUGUAUCUAAUAUGUGCUGAUAUCUAGGCCUAAUUCAAACACUGACCAGAGCUGGUAUUUUGAGUUGCUGCUCAGAAGUGCACACAAUUAGAGGUCACACGGAGGGAUGGCGUCCCGUUGUCGGCUGUUUCUCUCUGUUUCUGUUUCACAGGCAAAGUGGACAGUAACGUGUAUCUGGUGGUAUCUGUGAACCAGGGUCAAAUGUCAUACCAGGUGCCUUUUUUUCACAGGCUCCUCCCCCUGCGGACUACUGUAAGUGUUUGUACAGAUAACAUUGUGUUUCUUUUUCUACAAUGUGCAUGUGACCAAAUACCAUGUAAAAUACCUUGACAUUUAAAAACUGUAAGUAGAUGUAUUAUUUAAUGAUGGAUCAAUAAAACGUUCCUUCAAUUAAAUAAAGAACUUCAAAGAAUAAAAUCGGUGGUCUCAAAAGUACUCAAA